UUUCGUCUGGGUUUUUUUACCCCCCCCCACCCACAACCCUCCCCGCCUCCCCUCUCCUCCGUCUCCUUAGCGCAGUAUAUCGCCUCCCCAUCCACCACCACCACCUCCUCCUCCUCCUUUCUCCCUCCAUCCUUUCCCUGUGAUGUUCUCCCACCCCCAGCACCGUCCUCCCCUCGCCGAUUAAAACACGGGCCGAGCGAGGUGGCCCCCCCGGCGUUACCACCCCCCCCAUGGAGAAAAAGCGGGCGGGGAUGCCGGCAGGCAGCCGGCUGGCUCCUCAGGGGACACCUAUGGGUCCUCCGUCAGGCCCCCCAUACGGAGGGAGUGGGGCGGUGCGCACGGGCAUGCUUCAGUCCGUCAUGGAGCCCUCUCGCAAGCGGCCGGCUACUCAGCCGCUCACGCAGCAGCCGGGACAGCAGUCCCAGCAGCAGCAGCAAUCGCAGCAGCAGCAGUCGCAGCAGCAGCAGCAGCAACAGGCACAGAGCCGCAGCCGCAGCACCAAGAAGAAAAAGAUGGCUGAUAAGAUUCUGCCGCAGAGGGUGCGGGAGCUUGUUCCCGAGUCACAGGCUUACAUGGACCUGCUGGCUUUUGAGCGCAAGCUGGACCAGACCAUCAUGCGCAAACGUCUGGACAUCCAGGAAGCUCUCAAGAGGCCAAUGAAGCAAAAGCGCAAGCUGCGGGUUUUCAUCUCGAACACGUUCAACCCAGCUAAGCCAGAUGCAGACGAUGAGGAAGGCAGUGUGGCAUCAUGGGAACUACGUGUGGAAGGACGACUGCUGGAUGAUCCUGCCUCUUCCAAGUUUGAUGCCAACAAGCAGAAGAGAAAAUUCUCAUCUUUCUUCAAGAGUCUAGUUAUUGAGCUAGACAAAGACCUUUAUGGACCUGACAACCAUCUGGUGGAGUGGCACCGCACAUCCUCCACCCAGGAGACAGACGGAUUCCAGGUGAAGCGUCCAGGUGACGUCAACGUUCGUUGCAAAGUGCUUCUCAUGCUGGAUUAUCAGCCCCCACAGUUUAAGCUGAACUCACACCUGGCUCGCUUGCUGGGCAUCCACACCCAGACUCGGCCCGCCAUCAUCCAGGCACUGUGGCAGUAUAUUAAGACACAUCGCCUGCAGGACUCUCAUGAGCGCGAGUACAUCAACUGUGACUCCUACUUCCAGCAGAUUUUUGACUGUCCGAGGAUGAAAUUCUCUGAGAUUCCUCAACGGCUUCAUGGACUCCUGAUGCCUCCAGAUCCCAUUGUCAUCAACCACACAAUCAGCAGUGUUGACCCGAAUGACCAGAAGAAGACAGCAUGUUAUGACGUGGAUGUGGAGGUGGAUGACAUGCUGAAGGCUCAGAUGAACUCAUUUUUGCUGUCGACAGCAAGCCAGCAGGAGAUCGCCGCCCUUGAUAACAAGAUCCACGAGACAAUUGAAACGAUCAAUCAGCUCAAGAUCCAUCGCGAGUUCAUGCUUGGCUUCGCACAAGACCCACAGGGUUUCAUCAACGACUGGCUGCAGUCACAGAGCCGCGACCUCAAAACUAUGACAGAUGUUGUGGGGAACCCUGAGGAGGAACGGCGUGCUGAGUUUUACUUUCAGCCGUGGUCGCAGGAGGCUGUCUGUCGCUACUUCUAUUCCAAGGUGCAGCAGCGCAGACAGGAGCUGGAACAAGCCCUUGGCAUCCGUAACACCUAACUGCAUCAAGUUUGGCCAGCCACAGCCAUUCCCUGCACAGUAUUCGUCCAAUGCACAUGCGCGUAUGCCCACACGUGGUUAAAAACCAAAUUGCUUAUUACAUUUAAAACGUGAAACCUAGUAUUAAUAUUGAGCCUCCCAAGCAAAGCUUCGGGAUGAUUUUUUUUCACUCAAAAAAAGUAAUGUGAUUUAUUUUAAUAUAGUAAUUAUUAACAGCAUCCGUGUAGUGUAUAUCUGCUUGAAAACAUGCACUGCUUUAACUGCCGUAAAGUUUGUACUGCUUUAUAACAUUUGUAUUGUGUAGCCUCUGUGAGCUUUUUGCAAGCCAUUUGCAAUAUCUUUAUAAUAGCGCAUCUAUGUUUAAAUCAGUGUUUUUUAUCUGACGUUAAGGGACCAAGGCACAAUAUUUGUGGUGCACUUUGAAUGCCGAUAAACUGAUGGAAAUAAAGCUUUUUUUAAUGUC